UUGACGCGGCAUGAGUACUUUGUUUUGCCGGUGCGAAAAAGCUUUAUAAAGAACAAAUUGCAUGACCAACUUUAUUGUGUCUCUCGCCUUACAGCUGUGAGUGUCUAGUUCCGCAAAUUUUUCAACAAAAAAACGCUCAACGCUACCUAAUACUAUGGAUUUAUAUUACUUGCCCGGUUCUGCACCAUGCCGUUCAGUACUCUUGACUGCGAAGAAUCUCGGCAUCGAAUUGAAUAAGAAAUUAUUGAAUUUGAUGGCUGGUGAGCAUUUGACACCGGAGUUCAUUAAGAUUAAUCCACAGCACACUAUUCCCACCUUGGUGGACGAUGGCUUCGCUUUAUGGGAAUCGCGUGCCAUUCUUGUUUACUUGGUCGAGAAAUACGGCAAGGACGAUGCCUUAUUCCCUAAGUGCCCCAAGAAGCAAGCUGUUGUUAAUCAGCGCUUAUACUUCGACAUGGGUACCCUAUACAAGUCACUCGCCGACUACUACUACCCACAAAUCUUCGCCAAGCAGCCGGCUGAUCCAGAGCUAUACAAGAAGAUUGAAGCCGCUUUCGACUUCCUGAAUACUUUCCUAGAGGGUAACAACUACGUGGCUGGCGAUCAAUUGACCGUGGCUGAUUUGGCUAUUUUAGCUACAGUAUCAACCUUCGAUGUCAUACAAUUCGACUUCAGCAAGUACGCCAAUGUUGCCAGAUGGUACGAAAAUGCUAAGAAAAUUCCAGGMUGGGACGAGAACUGGCAAGGUUGCUUGGAAUUCAAGAAAUUCCUGGGCUAAAUGCUCCAGCGAUGCUAAUUGUCAAUGGUCAAUAUGGACUUGUACUUUUACCCCGGUUCUGCUCCAUGCCAUGCAGUAUUACUCACUGCUAAAAGUCUCGGCAUUGAAUUGAAUAAGAAAUUUCUAGAUUUGCUAGCGAGGGAAAAUAUGAGCAAUGACUUCGCGAAGAUCAACCCACAGAAAGUCGUGCCSACUUUGGUUGACAAGGAUUUUGUGCUGUGGGAAUCACGUGCGAUUAUGAUUUUCUUGGUGCAAGAAUACGGCAGAGAUGAUUCAUUGUAUCCCAAGUGUCCCAAGAAGCGAGCUCUCAUCAAUCAGCGCUUAUACUUCGACAUGGACACCUUGUACAAAUCUUUCGCCGACUACUAUUAUCCCCAACUCUUUUUUAAGAAACCAGUGGUUCCUGAACUGUACAAAAAUAUGGAGACUGCUAUGGACUUCUUGAACACGUUUCUAGAAGACAACAAAUAUGUGGCGGGUGAUCAAUUGUCCSUGGCUGAUUUUUCUAUUUUAGCAUCGGUGUCCAUAUUUGAUGUUGCGAAUUUCAACCUCAGCAAGUAUGCCAAUGUUGCCAGAUGGUACGAACAUUGUAAGAAACUUCCGGGUUGGGACGAAAACUGGGCAGGUUGCAUGGAAUUCAAGAAGUUAUUUGUGUAAGCAGAAACAUCCGUAAGAAUAUAUGAAUUACUUGACUAUCAAAAGCGGAGUUUGGGUUUACAACCAAGAGGAAUAUCUACAUAUUUACACUCUAAUCAGAAUAAUUAAUUGURAUCUAUUUAAAUGUUUAAUAAAUUGUUUUAUAAUUGAUACACA